AUGGAGUGGGUUGUCGUGAAGGGAAUUUCAGGAUAUACAGAUGGAACUGAAUCAAAAAAAAACUGGCAAACGUUUGCAAGUGUGACAGCAGCUUCUUUUGUUGUUAACGUUCUAAAGAAGUGUAGUAUUUUUGAAGAUUGGCCACAUUACAAAGAUCCAAUCCCCUAUUACAUAAAGGCGAGGGGAACAAUUGGACUAGAAGCAUACAGGAGAGCACUGGAGGCAGGCGAAACUUUCGAUAGACGAACCAAAAUUGCAUUGAUUGGUCAGGACCGUGUUGGCAAAACAAGUCUGAGAAGAUACCUUAGAGGUGAAGCAUUUGAUGAAGAUGAAGCCAGCACCAAUGGGAUUGAAAUGAUUUCCCCUAUCAAGAACGCAGGAAAAGGGGCAUGGAGGAAUCCAGCCCCGCUUGAAAACACAAGGGCACUAGACCACAAAUGUGCAGAAGUGGCUGCAAAGGAGGUACUGAUCAGCUCUGAAGAACGACCACAUCGGGUUCAACUGUUUGCUGGAGAAGGAAAGAAGACGAGAGGCGAACCUACAAGAGAAAAGGGAGCGACUCAAGAACGUUCAAAUGACGACCUUGCUUCAAAAGAAGUCAUUAAAAAAAAUGGUAAGGAGAAAAAUUGA